UUGGUCUUGGGAAUUUCUGACUCAGAAUUAGAAAAAUACGAUAUUUAAAGUCAUCGGGAAUUCCCGUUAGCAUCUUUCGACAGUUAUCGAUUUCAUGAACUGCUGGAGGAUUGUGCCUGCCGGUUUGAUUAGUGAUAUUUAAAAAAGAAAGACAUUUGCCCAUACAGACGCCAGUAUUGUGACCUAGUCUUCUUAGUCUACUUGUUCUAAUUAAUUAAGUAAGAUGCAUUUUAGGCACAUUAUUGGAGUUUAUUAAUUCAGUUGGAUUUAUUAAGUGUUAAUAGUCGGAUGUAACACGUGUUGUAUUUGAGUAUAGAGUAUAGACCUAUUUAGUUAUUUAGAUCUAAGUAGAUCUAGAGAUCAAUAGAUCUAGAUCUAGAUUCUAGACUAGAUCUACUCUACCUACAUGAACCUAAUAUGUUGUAAGUUGUUAGUCAUUUCUAAUCUAAAUCUAGAUCUAAAAUCUAGAUCUAGAACUGUGUGUAAAACGUUUCUCUGACACUGUCAGAAAUAAAAUCUCAUUGUGUCUCUUCAUAAAAUAAAAGUGAGAUCAUCAGAUGUGGAAUAACAAUAAUUAUUCUAUCCAUAAAUAAAACAACAACGCAUACCGUGGAUGUGUCUGGACACUGGAGUAAUGGUCACUGCUUUAGUUGCUUUAUUAGGCUUACUUUAGAAGAAUGAGUUUACAGCUAGCAGCUAAGAAAAGCUCUGGGAUGUCGCCAUUGCCACCAUCAGGUCUAUCGUCUGCACUCUUGGUUACCCUGAUGGCCCUCGUCAGUGCCACAGACAAAACCCAUAACUCCCCGACCCCCCGCACCGUGUUUGUGUGCGGGAACGCGGCCCCCACAGUCCAUCUUGACCCCAGUGUCGUGUACGAGCUCAAGGUCUCCCCUAACCUAACGAAAGACACGGAGAUGACGUCAAUUGCUUGCUCCGUGUCUUUCUCUUCGAACAGCUCCGGGUUUUGUAUUCUACAGGAGGCGGACUACUCGAACAUUCUAGACUCGAACGUCGAGUUGGAAAUUCUAUCACGUGAUGCGGAGAAGGGGGAUCGCCUGCUGCACAAACUGACAUACUACCCUAAUAGGUGGAAGCACAGGCAGUACUGCGAUACGGCAUCAACCCUGACCUUUCAACUUAUAAAGGUCAACAGAGGCUACCCAGUGAAUCUGAGUAGUGUGAAUUUACGUUUUAAAAUUAUUGACAUGAGGAGUGAGUACCGGAAGUUGUAUUUGGAUGAAGACUACUGCGACGGCACGUACCUUCUGAACCACAGCAAGAUAUCGGUGGACAACAGCCAGUCCAGCAGCAAAGACAAGCUCACACUCAGGUGUCUGGUCACUGUAAAGAAAGCAGACGCCGAGAGGAAAGUGUGCAUCAAAUUCGGGCAUUCGAAACCGGAAGUUCUCUCGCAGCAGUGGGAUUUCUAUGUGUCGACUGAAGCCUCCCUCGACCCCAAGUUCUUCCUCUACCAGCUCAACUCGACUGAGUGGGCGAGUCGGGAGAAACAUCGCGUCUGGUGUGACGAGAGGCAGUUCGAAUCCCUCUCGCUCAUUUUCAUACGGCAGCUCUACGAACUGGGCUCAGAAACUCCCGGAAACUUUCACUUCGUUGUUGUGGACUACGAUAAGAACAAAACGAUCGAGGACAUUCUGGAGGUGACCCAACAGGAAGAGCAGACGAAAGAGGAGCAUAGAAAGGACGAGCCCCAACCUGGGGCAGACGACGAGAACAGCCUCGCUCAGGCCACGUGGACGGUGGUGCUGAUGGUGGCCAUAGGGGUCGCGUGUUUGGCCUUGCUGACCUUUGUGGUGAUCAAAGCUUUCCGCCGGACGGUGCAGACAGUCACCAACAUCACCAUAGUUACCAGUCCUCCCAGCUCCAAGGGAAGCUUGAAGAAGGAGUCACUGCUGCACACGGAUGACGCAUUGAAAUAAAAAUUAAGCCUGAAGGACAAAAAUGAUAGAUUGAAAACACACGAACAACAACAUACAGAAACGCAAGUCUGAGAAACACGUUUUUCUAUCUCUCUUUGGAUGUUGACUAGAUCAACGUGUAUAGCCCCGGAUAUGUUGCCAUCACCCCGUUAUGGCCUCCUUGAUUGUUCUGUGGCAGGUUCUCUGCCAGAUUUUUCUGGAACUCCAGGCAAUAUAUGGGAUCAGUAGUUGAAUCUAUCAGAUAUUGCUGGAACUACAGGGCCAGUAGUUGAAUCUGUCAGAUAUUGCUGGAACUGCAGACCAUGUGUGGGUCAAAGGUUAAAAAAUUGUUGGCAUGACUCCCAAGCCAUUUGAAAGUAUUCCAUAAAAAGUGCUCUUUUACAAUUGCCAUGUUUAGUUUUUGUUGUUUUAUUUUUAAUAUAAACCAAGGCAGGUUCUAGUCAUUAUUUUUUUAAUUCCCUUUUUUCGGGUUUUGAUGUUUAAAUUCCAGCAGACUAGUUGUUGCAAGAUGAUCUUUUUCUUUUGAUAUAAAUGCUUUAUUUUUAGUUUGAGAUUUUUCUUCUUGUGCCAUGAUAUUUUUGUUGAUAUUUAUUUUUUAUACAAUUUUACAACUCAACUUUGAUUCACAGUAUUGUGCAAGAUGGUCUGAAUGUAAUAAAUUAUUGUCGACAGUUUUGUGCUAGAUGGUUGAAUGUAACAAUGUAUAGGUUAUAGAGAGAAGCUCCAAAUGUAAACACAAUGUUUUCAUAUCCCCAACUCCAUGCAAGACUUUGUCAACAUUUUCACGUCAAAAAUAUUUUGUGUUUGUUGACGUCGCUUUUAAAAGUUUACGUGAAAAAACUGUUUAUUAAAAAGUUGAAUUGUCAUUUUUUGCCACGAGGUGCUCCCGGGUAGAAACAUUUUUUUAGUCAACUGGCAGCCGAUAUUUGGCUUGGUUGGUGCACGAAUCAGCUAUGACCAGCAGUCACCACAACAUUACGUUCUCAUUCAACUCUCCACAACUGUCUAAUCCCCACCCCUCCACACAGUCGUCAGUUUCCAAACUACAUGCGCCACUAUCUUGGGAGACUCGGACUUAUGGUCUUUUUUUUGGGGGGGGGGGGGGGGGGGGAAGGGUAUUUGAUAGAAAAAUAAAAACCAUUAUAAAUAAAAAUGUACUAUACAGCUAUAGAUAAGCAAACUAUUCUAUCAUAUAACUAGCGUUACAUCCCAUAGAACACGUAAUAUCCAGAGUUUUAAAUGACGUCGCAAUGUAUCAGCUAUGCAACUUCUAUACCAGGGGUUCCCAACCUUUUUUACUCUAGAGCACAAUCUAAAAUAACGGUAGGGUGGCGGGCACCACCUAUUUUAAAUCGACAAACUCCUUCCAGAGGCGUAGCGACCCUUCCCGUAACCCGGGGACAAAACUUUCGAUUUGCACCCCCCCCUCAA